AUUCCUUUUUUGUGAACUAGUUCACAUUAGAAACAGUUAAGAAGGGAUUUGUGUGAAGUAGACGUUAAGUGUAUAGCCAGCUUGUGCGCAAAAGGAGGGGGAUGUGUUUGAUUGACAGUGCUGCCAUGACAACCCCGCAUCAGCUCCAGGGUGUCCAAUGAGGAGUCAGAUUCAGGGUCCCUCCCUGACUCCCAGGUGAGCUAAAGAGUCAGACUCCAGCAGAUUUCUGUCAGACUGUUUCCGAAACACACUUCGUCGCCUCUCGGGGAUUUCACUUUGUUUUCCAGAUGGUGUUCAGGUCCCCGCUCGACUUUUUCUCAGCCACUCGUCUCCUUCUGCCCCCCUUCCCGGAUGGGACCCCUAUCCUGGCCCGUUCUGGGUCCCCGGAGGACCCUCCCGCCGCCUGUCCUCCCCUGGCUCUUCCGGGAUUGUGUUUCUCGGCGGCGCAGAUCGCCAGCGUCUGUGAGACUCUGGAGGAGACCGGAGACAUCGAGCGGCUGGCCCGCUUCCUCUGGUCACUCCCGGUGGCCACAGACGGCCGAGACUCCAUCUCUGAGCACGAGUCAGUGCAGCGGGCUCGUGCCGUGGUGGCCUAUCACACCGGGAGUUUCCGCGAGCUGUAUCACAUCCUGGAGACGCACCGCUUUACGCGCGCGUCUCACGGUAAAUUGCAGGCGAUGUGGCUCGAAGCUCACUACCGGGAGGCAGAGAAGCUCAGGGGGCGGCCGCUCGGACCUGUGGACAAGUACCGCGUGAGGAAGAAGUUCCCGUUACCGAGGACCAUCUGGGAUGGAGAGCAGAAGACGCACUGCUUCAAAGAGCGCACACGGGGGCUGCUGAGAGAGUGGUACCUGCAGGACCCGUAUCCGAACCCCGGGAAGAAACGGGAGCUGGCGCACGCCACCGGGCUGACACCGACUCAAGUUGGGAACUGGUUCAAAAACCGGAGACAGAGAGACCGGGCGGCAGCAGCCAAAAACAGGUUGCAGCACCACAGGAUGUUGCCGGGCGGUGCGCGUGCACUUAGCGGAGGAGAGUGCAGUCCAGACGGGAGCGCGGACCGCGCGGAUGGAGAAACUCUACUCUCAGUAACGGACAGUGACUCUGAUUUGGAUGUCUGAGACUUUUUCUAUGAAAUGGACCUUCAGGGGCCUGUGAUGGCUCGUCGUGGAUUACCGGAGAGAGGAUGAUGUAUACGGACAAAAGCCGGUCAGGGUUGUAAUCGUCCUAAAUAUUACCCAAACCCUACAUUAAGAUUUGAUUCUUUUUAUUUGUUUUCUGAUAUUAUAAUAGUUUUUUUUCUUCUGGUGAUCACCUUUUUGAUUUAUCAGUGGAUGGUGCACACCUGCUGACCCAGCGUUCACCAUCAGUCUAACUCAACAGACGUCAAGCCGUGAACCCCUGUUUGACUUUAACCCAGGGACCCCCACACUGGAGGACUUUUACAGACUGAAACCUGCCACACAUCAUUCUUAUUUUCUCCAAUUUGUAUGUCAUUUAAAUUUUAAUGACACUAUUCGUCAUGGAGAUGUUCUUCCCCUGACAAACCCGUGGAUUUCCACUGCUGUACACAAUCAAUGCGCACUGAAGCCUACCUCCCUGCGUGGCUGUUUGUACUGUAUGUUUAUAGAGGGUUUUUUUUGUUUCUUUACCUUCACUUCUGCGCAUUUAUUUAAUGUUCACAAAGUUCACUGUGCAGUGUGUGUGAUGCCAUGUCGUACUUUAUGUUCAA